AUGACACAAGAAACACAUGUCACAAUCUCAACGGGUCUAAUUUCAAUUAAAAUUGGAUCCGAGCCAAAUCCCAUUCUUAAUACCUUAAAGAAAGAGAAAGGAAGGUUCCAUCAUUCUAGCUUCUUGGCUGGAGGUGCUACGACAGUUGCAGGAAGCCUAGAGGCAGAGCAUGGAGUUCUCAAGUUCAUCUCUAAUAAUAGUGGACAUUACCGGCUUGGAAGAAAGACCCUUAACCGCUUUUUAUCCUAUCUAGAAGAAAAAGGAGUAAACCUUGAUGGAGUUCAGAUAGAAACGGUUGAGCUUGCCAUGGCCCUGGAAUUGGGGGUACACAAAAUUAGAGUGAAUUCGAUAGCACCUGGGAUUUUCAAAUCUGAGAUUACUGAGGGUCUUAUGCAAAAAGCUUGGCUGCCAAACUUUGUCAACAAGACUGUCCCUCUAAGAACCUAUGGCACCUCAGAUCCAGCAUUAACAUCAAUUGUUCGAUUCUUGAUUCAUGACUCUUCUGAAUAUGUCUCCGGCAACAUUUUCAUUGUUGAUGCAGGUGCCACGUUACCAGGUGUCCCCAUUUUCUCUUCCCUUUGA